AUGGCCUAUAACCGUGGCUACAACCCGGAUGCUCUGCCCGCGUGAGUAUUCUCGUCCUCGUCCUCGUAUCCGUAUCCUGCACUGCUCUUGCCGAGUCACGGCGGAGAUUGCGCAAGUCUGCUUUAAGGGAGGAACGUCGCGCUGAUGAAACACGUUCACUUCAGUCAUGCAGAGCCCGAGCAAGCUGCCCAGAUGCUGAACCCGAACUCCUCCUCCUCCUCCUCCGCCGGCGCGCCGCAGCCACGACGAGACGGACGGAGCGAUUCGAAUCUCAACUACAACAAGCCCGUGCCUCCACCACCUCAAGUCUCGAAUCUAAGACCCGGCCAGGACGAUCGCUAUGGCAGACAGAGCCCCGCGGGUGGCUACCAGUCUCCAGCUCCUCCAGGCGCAUACGGCUCUUCCAAUCCCCCGCCUCAGAACCAAGCCUACACCGAUUACGGCCGCCAGACUUCGCCCCGCUAUGAUCAAUAUAAUCAGUCUCCAGCACCGCGGUACGGCCAAGGGCAAGGCUACGGCAACCAACAAGGCUACAACCAGCAGCCACCACCUCCACCACGAACCAACACCAACAACAACAGCUACGGCGUAACAUCUCCUCCUCCACCCUCAAACUACGGCCAAGGCCCACCACCGCAAGGCUACCACAACCGCCCUCCGAUCCCCGAAUACCAACGUCCCCCGACCACCGCUCCGCCCCGCGACGGCAACGACCGCGACGCGCUCUGGCCGCUCUUUCUACAAGUAGACAAGAACCGCAGCGGCCAGCUCACCGAAGCCGAACUCCAACGCGCCCUCGUCAACGGCGACUACACCGCCUUCGACUUACACACCGUGAGGAUGAUGAUCCGCAUGUUCGACAUCGAUCGCAGCGGAACCAUCAACUUUGACGAAUUCUGUGGACUCUGGGGUUUCCUCGCAGCAUGGAGAGGACUGUUCGAUCGCUUCGACGUCGACAGGUCAGGAAACAUUUCGCUGAGAGAAUUUGAAGAUGCCUUGGUUGCUUUCGGAUACAGACUCAGCCCGCAAUUCGUACAAUUGCUCUUCAGCACGUACGCGAAAACGCAUAGCAGAGGGAGAGGAGACGACGGCGUGCGAGAAAAAGUGCUCAGUUUCGACCUCUUCGUGCAGGCUUGUAUAAGCUUGAAGAGGAUGACGGAUGUGUUCAAGAAGUAUGAUUCGGAUCGGGAUGGAUACAUUACACUCAGCUUGUAAGUCCGACAUGCACCGGUACCGCCGUCGGAGAGCGCUGCUGACUUUUGUUUGCGACAGUGAGGAAUUCUUGACCGGUGCGCAAAGUCUUUUCUUGUUCAAUUCGAUUUCUCCGCAGACCGACACCGGUCUGUAUUGA